AUCUCGCAUGAGUGUGUUCUUAUUCCCUUUUAGGAAGUAUCUUCAACCUCCCUGAAUGUAAGGAUAAACUUCGGCCGCCAGCUUACCACUAAUUACUGUGCGGAGUGGCAAGCAUAGCCCUGUUACAACUUACGACUACGGACACUAUUCCCCCAUCAUGCUCAGGCUGCGUUAUACGGAGUACAUGAGCUCUUGUACACUAAAUCCUCGUAGUUUAUAAACCACUUUCUCUUUGCAAAGUCCCCAUAGCCCUGAGCACGCGACGACUAAGCUCGGUGCAUUGUUUGUUCUCGACAUACCUAUCGUUUUCGAACAUUGAAAUCGAAUCAUGUCUUCGUCCACAGUGUCCGACAUGAUGGCUAAAUAUGGUCCUGAGGUCCAGAAGGUCUCCGCAGACACACCAUUGGACGACAUCAUCUACCUCCUCAAGCGUGACGGGGGCGUUUUCGUUAGAGAUCUGGUCCCUGUCGCUGAUGUCGACAAAGCUCACGAUGAAUGCCGCGAACGCCUUGAAAAUGAUGUGGAAUGGAAUGGCUCCUUCUUUCCAAAGGAGACUCAGCGGGCACCAGCCUUGUUGGCUCUCAGCCCUACGUAUGCCAAAACACAAGUCAUGAACCCAGUCUAUCAAAAGGUGUGCGAGCACUUCUUGACCACCCGAAGUUGGUUCUGGUGGGGAAACGAGAAGAAGGAAUCUGUGUCGAAGCCUUAUGUUCACUCCUGUACUGCUAUGAGCAUUGGGCCUGGGGGCAAAGCUCAGCCCUUGCACCGAGACGACUACAUCAGCCACAACUAUCAUCAAGAGGUGAGUGAAUGGGAUGAUGAGCGAGACAAGAGCCGGGAAACAGCUGUUGGGCUCUUCGUGGCUGGCUGCAAAGUCACCAAGGAGAACGGUGGAACACAAUUCAUUCCCCGGAGCCAUUUGUGGGGGACUGAUAGACACAUGCCACCUCAAGUAGAGGAGUGCAUCUACGCCGAGAUGGAGAAAGGCGAUGCCUUCAUCAUGCUGGCAUCCGCGUACCAUGCCGGAGGCCACAACACAACAAAGAAUGAGAGACGACUGAUGUUUGCAACGUUCUCUAUUCGAGGCUAUCUUCGACAGGAAGAGAACCAAUUCUUGUCUGUGCCCCAAGAUGUUGCAAAAAUGUUGGAUCAACCCAUCCAGGAGUUUAUGGGAUACUCAAUGAGCGAUCCGGCCUGUGGGUACGUUGACCAGAUGGAUCCAAUCUUUGUGCUCCGUCCCGAAUUAAAGGGUGACGGGCGUCCUUCCGACUUCUAAUGGACAACUAAAUCGCAGUCAGUUGGGAUUAUAUUAGAGUUGGAAGCCUUGUUUAAGCUUCUCAGCUUGGGGCCGUCGAGGAUAGUCCUUUGCUGCUUCAGGAAGUGCCUACCUGGACAGUGCUACAUCGGUUAUCAAAAGUCUCAAUGAAUUAUCGAGGGAAUAAUUAAAUUCACACCGUUGCCAAAAUUUAGGUGCGAAAGCACUAGGCUUCGAUCAUUUUGUAUACUGGUCCAUUGAAAUCCUUCAAAAAAUGGCUGGAAAGUUAUUUCCUAAAUGGUGUCGGCCAUAAGCAUCAUUCGUAAGGCUUCACUAGCAACGGUCAUCACGGCAACUCGAUGUAAUUCGGAAUCGUAUCGAGUUGCAAAGCCUUUGGCGAGUCUUUCCAAAGUUACCCGAAAUCAAAAGCAGAUGAGAGGAAGCUAAUGAUGAUCAUGGUUCGACCGACCUGGUAGUGCUUCACAUCAUG